CGGACGUUUUGAAGGACGAAAAAUAUAUUUUAAGUUAAAAUAAUGUUUAUGUGCUGAUUUACUUGCGUCUAACUUAGUAUGGCUCCAAAAAAGCAGAAGGAAGCUACUAAGUCUCGCGGAAAUUUAGCUGAAGAUGACGGAGCUUUGGACUGGCUAAAACCACGCAGCUUGAUAAAACCCGAUGAUCAAGAAGAAGUACCAGAUGCGGAUCUUGACGAAGAGGUUGGAAGAGUACUAACAACUAUUAAUCCUCAAUGGGUAAUUGAUGAAGUAGCAUAUCACUACGGGCUAAACAAAUUUGUUUUCAAACCUAAACCAACGUUUGGUAAGGCAUACCCCUUAUACACAUAUCAGGGAACGGCAAUACGCAAAGAUUCUGAAGAAGCAAAAGCUCAAAUUGCAGCUGGUUAUGGCAUGGUGGGUUUCGAUGAUGCUGGUCCUAAGCGUGCUAAGGUGAAGAAAUCAGCAGCUGUGGAAGAAGAGGAGGAGGAACCAGAACCCGAACCUCAACCACCACCGGAAGAAGCAAAACCAGAGGAGGAUGUUGUUCAAGAGGAGGAAAAGCCAGAAGCUCCACAAGAGGAUGUUCAAGCACAAACAGAAGCUGCUGAUGAGGAGGCAGAAAUGGGUGGAGAAGAGGCUGCCGCUGAAGAAAAGGAGGAAGUGGAAGGUGGAGAGCCAAUUGUUGAGGAUGUUAUCGAAAUCAAACCCAGAGUCAAAAAACUUGCGAAUCAAUUCAACUUUUGUGAAAGGGCAGCGCUCACCUACAAUAAUCCUAGACGAUCUGUUGACACUCAAACAAUUCCACCACCGCGAGCGAACUACGGAUCGACCUGCCUCCAAUCCAUUAUAUUUGACUUCUAUCAAGAGGAUUAUGCGAAGAAACUGCGCGAGAAAGAGGAUGAGAAACCUAAAAGAUUGCGCAAGAAAGCAGCGAAACACGCAAAAUCCGAACAACAAAUUCACGACGAGAAACUUGCUCAGCGUAUACGCGAAGCUUGGACCGUUCUGGAGAGGCUGGUCAAUCAAAAUAUUUUUGAUGAUAUUGCCCAAGACUAUCGCUAUUGGGACGACCCAUCAGACGAUUUCCGUGAAGGUAUGGGGUCGCUGCUUCCGCUAUGGAAGUUUCAGUUUGAGCCAAUGAGGAGUCAUGCUGUGUGCGAAGUACAGUGGAAUCCACACUAUCAAGAUCUCUUCGCUGUUGCUUAUGGAUCCUUGGAUUUCACAAACCAGCAAAAGAACGGUUGCCUUUGCCUGUUUAGCAUUAAGAAUCCUGCUUAUCCGGAAUACUCGGUAAUCACCGAGUCACCGAUCAUAUGCCUCGAUGUGUAUACGGAAACACCCUACCUUAUAUGUGUUGGCCAAUACGAUGGUAACGUUUGCGUGUACAACGCACAACUCACUCUGGAGUCUUCAUACCAGUACAAGUCCGAUUCCGUGAGAGACAAACAUAGCAAUAUUGUUUGGGAGAUUCGUUGGGGAGCCCGUUUAAUAGAUGGUGAAGCCUCUUUCUUCUCUAUUUCUGGGGAUGGACGAGUAGUUCAAUGGGCAGUGAUGCCGGGAGAAUUACAAGCCACUACCAUCAUCACGCUUAGAUCCGAUAUUCCACCAAUACCUGGACCUGACGGGACUAUGCUCACAGUAAACAGUUGUGGUAGCUGUAUAUGCUUUCACCCAGAGAAAUCGGAUAUUUUCAUGGUGGGAACAGAAGAUGGGAUGAUUCACACUUGCUCGUUGAAAUAUAACAGGAAUUAUGUCCGAUCAGUACAAGGGCAUCAUAUGCCCGUUUAUAGAAUUCAUUACAAUUACUUUAAUAACAGUAUUUACGCGUCAUGCUCUGGUGACUGGAGAGUUAAGAUAUGGGAAGAUGGACGCGACGAACCACUAUUCAUGUUUGAGCUCGGCUCGCCUGUCGGUGACGUGAAAUGGGCGCCUUAUUCCAGCACAGUGUUUGCGGCUUGUACAGCUGAUGGAAGGGUCUACGUUUAUGACCUGAACGUGAAUAAAUAUCGGCCGAUUUGUGUGCAAGCUGUGGUCUCUAAGAAAACUAAGAAAUUAACCAGGAUCGAUUUCAACUCUCGACUACCAAUCGUCGUUUGCGGGGACACCAAAGGUACUUGCCACGUUGUGAAAUUGUCACCUAACCUAAGAGUAAUGUGCAAACCACCUAAGAAGGCCCAGAACGUAGAACAACGAACUUUACAGAUCAUGAAGUUGGACAAAUUGUUAAGCUUGGUCCGUGAUCCGCCAUUCCAAACUGGAGUAGUCGAUGAGAAGUUCGAAGACGAUUGAAUUUAUUAAUGUUUUACUGUUAUUUAGUUUUUAAUAUUGACUUAUAUA